GACAUGAAUAAGUCAAAACACCUAACCUAUAAAAGCGCGCUUUUGGCUUUUGUAUAUACUUUUUAUCACUCUCCUGACGUAGUCAUAAUUAACUUUAAAGUCAGAGUUUGAUUAAAUAAAGAAUGGCAAAAACUGCCCCUUCGCCGAUAGAUGUUGUGGAUUUUCAAUUCAAAUUACAGUGCAUAUUGAAAGCUUUUGAAAAUGAUAGCCAUGAAACGUUCAAAUUACCGUGUAGUUUAGUUUGUUCUGCAAGCAGAUAUGGUUUAUUAUUCGUCGGGACUUCAACGCCAAAAUUUCAAGUCAUUCAGAUUCAAGAUAUACAAAAUUACGCUGUUAAAGAUGGUCAUGUUAGUAAUUAUAAAAGAAGAUACAUUAAUUUACCCAGUAAUCCAAGAUAUCUUGGUGUCAAUUGUGACUCGACGAAACUCUGUGUUAUUGUUGAAAAAGAUGGUUGUGUUAAAGCCGUAAUAUAUGAUGUAGUCUCAUUUUUAAAACAAAAUGUUGUAAUUUUGCAAGAAAUUCGUCUCUCAACUACCCCAGGAGUAAACAUUCUUGAUAUAUGUUGGAAUCCAGGUGUGCCGUCAAUGUUAGCAGUUUGUAAAGAUGAUGGAAGUUUAGGUUUAUAUGAUGUUAAAGAAAAUGGUAUUGAAAUCAAAGAAUUACCAAAAACAACAGGUUGCACAUGUUCAUGUUGGAGCCCCAAAGGGAAACAACUUGUAGUUGGAACUGCAAAUGGCAAAUUAACACAAUACAAACUCGAUUUGCAAGUAGCAAAAAGUAUUAAUCCACCCCCAAUUAAUGGAAAUCCACAACCAAUAAGCUUACAAUGGAUUUCAAAUUAUCAAUUUAUUGGUGUUUAUAAAACUGUAGGAGAAGAUGUACAAAUGAGUUUAAUUGUUGUUGAUGCUCCUAAAGCUGGUGAAACAACAUAUACAAAUUAUGAUGAUGUUUGUUAUAGUUAUGGCAACUCUAGACCACAUCAAUUUUAUAUGUUACAACAACCUCUUUGGAAUAUUUUACUUGUGGCAUCCUCAAAUAGCAUGGAAGUUGGUGUGAUGCAUUUAGAUAAAGAUUCAUGGACACAAUGGAUAUUAACAGAUUCAGCUAGAGCUGAACUUCCUCUAAAUGCUAUAAAACAAGACACUCUACCUGUUGGAUUAGGAUUUGAUAUAUCAUCAGUUAAACCACUUCCGUGGGGCGAAGGAGAAUUACCACCAAUGCCAUAUUUGUUUUUGUUAUCUCAUCAAGGGGUUUUGUGCUGUUUCUCUAUAAUUAAUUUGAAAGAAGGGGUACCUAAAUUAUGUACACCACCGGAACCUUUAACUGAUCUUAGUGGAUUGGUUCACUUUACAAUUGGAGAUAAUGAAAGUGUUCGUAUUCAAACAACAUCAACAAACCUUGUAAAACCAACGCCUGUGGCUCAAAUUGGAUUACAACAACAACAACAGGCAAAAAUUCCCGCUUUUGGAGCUUCAACUCCACCUGCAUGGGGCAAUCUUACUUCUCCAGUAUCAAUUGCGACUCAAAAAACGGCCCAAACACCUACAUUUUUUAAUAAGCCUGCUACUGGCGUUCAAAAUAUUUUAGGUGCACAACCUCAAACAAUUAUAACACCUGUUAUUGAAAUCAAAAAAGCCGAAAAUGUUCAAGAAAACAUUCAAAAACCGAUUACUCCACAAACAAUGCCUCAAACAACCCCUGGUUUGCAACAACAAAAUGCGCUAUUUGGUAUGACUACGAAAGCGCCAUCUCAACCUUCAUGGGCUUUUACUCCUCCUCAAACAACAUUAGUCCCCCAAAAAGCGCCACAACCUCCCACAACAACAUUUUUUAACAAACCCAUUACACAAAAUAUUUUUGGUACUCAACCUCAACCAGUUGUUGAAUCACAAAAAGUUGAUUCUACCCAAGAAAAUCUUCAAAAAGCCUUUGGUCCUAAAACAGUUGUGAGUGCAGUGGAACCAAAAGAAACAUCUGGUAUCAAAACUCCCCCAGCUGGAAUACCCGCCAUAAAUGAGGAAACGGAAAAAUUACUUGCCCAAAUGAUGAAAGAAGAAUGUAUUAAUUUAGAAAUGGAAAUCAAAGUGUUAAUGGCAGGAAGUAAUAUUAAGAUUGAUUUUGGGGCUGACUCUGAAACUGUGAGUUUCAUUGAAGGGGCUACAGCCUUACAAGAUUUUUUAAAAGAAAUGGAUGAAACUAGUUCAACUCAAGCAGCUGAGAUUCAUGCUUUAAAACAAAAUAUGAUUCAAACUUGGGUGUGGUAUGAAGAAGCAAGAUCCAGGUACGCAACUUAUAAAGAUCCAGCUUUAAAAUCAUUGCUUGCACUUCAACCUUUAGACGCAGCGUCUGAAAGGAAAUUAGACGAAAUUCGCCGCAUGAUUUAUUAUUUAGAGUCGCAAUUAAUGCAAGCUAAUUCGGCUUUGGACGACCAAUGGGACGCUUUUCAAUCAUCUUGCAAAAGAAAAAUUAACACAAAAUCUUUAAGCAUUGAAUCUAUUUAUCAAGUGAUGGUAAAGCAAAAUGCUACGUUACAAAAACAGAUUUAUAUUCUUAAAGACAUCUCAAUGAGGAUUCGGGCGAAAUUACGCAGUUUAAACGCACCUCGUUUAUUGGUUAGUUUGGAUAAUACAGAACCGCUUGAGGAGCAACUAAAAAGUUUACACAUGGAGCCAAAAGAUUUGAUGGAAUUACGUUACGAAAAAGUGUUUAAAAAACAGCGGAAAUUGACGAAGGAACGUGAGGAUAAAUUGAAAGCUUGUUUUCAAAAUGGAAAUGUUUCACAUGUUGUUGUGCGAAAACCGCAAUUAAACAGUUUUAUGCAAAUGUCUGGAUUAGGCGUGAUUCCUUUUUCUCCAAUAGCGCCAAAGAAAAAUCAAGGUGAAGUAAAAAAACAUAUCGAUUUCGUACAAUCAACACCUUUAGUAAAAGUAACCCAAGAAAAAGAAAAUGUGUCAAGUCCAGCUGUUGUUAAUUUAUUUAAUAAACAAGAACAACAAAAUGUUGGAGGUGAUGUAAAGACUUCUGCAUUUGUGCCAAUGGUAAACACAAAGAAUAAUUUGUUUGGUAAUUUAGAUCAAAACAUUUCUACUAAGCAACAGAACUGGCAAAAACCUGUUGGGGAAACCGUUUCUAAACCACCAACGUUUAAUUUGGUAUCACAAAAUACAAACUUCAUGAUCCCCAAAUCUUCUAGUGGAAAUGUAGAUGCAAAUACGAAUGCUAUAUCGAAAUCGAGUACUUUCCCGCAAUUUGGAGCUUCACCCCAACCUUUCACUCUCCUAACAAAUAAAAUACCUGAAAAUAAAACACCAUCAACUACAAUUGAGUCUAAAACACCAGAAGCUACAACUUGGGAUAAUACCAAACCUUUUUCAUUUUUUGGACAAGGAUUGAAAACGACUUCUGAGAGUUCUCCCUUUAGUGGGAAUUUAUCUAAAUCAUUAUUUGGUGAUAAAUCAACUCCUUCAUCUCCGGAUGUUAACAAACCACCUAGUUUUGGGAACACACCGCAAAGCGGCAACGAUUUAAAAACAACUUUCACACAAAAUGUUUCAAAAACCGCUCCAAGUUUAUUUAAUCAAGGUUUUACAACAACCGUUUCAACAACACAAUCAGAAACAAAAAUGUUUACUUCACCAAGUACUUGGGUUGUUACAAGUACUAAUCAAGAAAAAGCAAGUAUAGUUUCAACAAAACCAACUUCAAGUAAUGUUACGGUACAAUCAAGUCUAUUUCCUACUUCAAAAUUAGAGCAAACAACACCUCAAACACCACCCACGCCUAUAAUUAAUAUACCUACUUUUAGACAAUCAACCACUACUGGCUUAACUUUUGGUAGUACUACAAUUACUUCUUCAGUAUCAGUACCUGUUUCAACAACAAAACCCCCUCCAAUUGUCCAAUCAAUCCAAUCAACAUUCCCAACUACCUCUCCAGUUGUCCCAACAGAUUCAGCAACUACAACACCAAGUACUACAACUUCAGUUAUGUCAGCAACCACUACAACGUCUACAGCAACUACAGUGUCAACCCCAAUGUUUGGAGUGACUACAACAACUUCAAUAUUUGGUCAAAAACCUUCAAUUUUCAGUCAACCAGUUGCAGAAGGACAAUCAAUAUUUGCAAAAACUGCUUCAAAUUUUGUCCAAAAUACACAAGCUACCACUGCAAACAAGACCCCUUCGAUAUUUUCAAAUACAGCAAUCACAUCAAGUUUUAAAUUCACUAAUGUUGCUGGAGAAACACCUUUUGGACAAACUACUGGUACAACUCCGGCAGUUGCGGACCAAGCCCCAACUAUAUUUGAAUCGGCCACAUCACCAUCUUUUGGACAAACCCCGACUACAGGUAGUCCUGCGCCAUCAGUUUCAAGUACUACUUCUAUUUUUGGGCAAGCCAUUUCUGCACCAACUAGUUUCGAGCAGAUUACUCCUCCACCUUCAACAACUAUACCUGCUUUUGGACAAACUACUCCUAGUACUUCGAUUGGUUUUGGAUCAACGGCGUUAACUCAAACAUCAACGUCAAGUGUUUUUGGUCAAACUCAAGUUAGUUCAACUCCAAGUGUGUUUGGACAAGCAACUACAGUACCACCUAGCGUUUUUGCCCAAACUAUAACUUCAACUUCUCCGACAAGCGUUUUUGGACAGACAGUAUCUACGCCAAGCGCUUUUGGUCAAACAACUUCUGUGCAAAGCGUUUUUGGGCAAUCCAAUGUUUUCCAACAGAAAACUUCACCUUCUAGUAUUUUCAGUUCUACACCUACAUCUGAUUUUGGAAAAGUAGCAAACCCCGCUUUUGGUGCAGCAUCAACUACGUCUACAGUGUUUGGCCAAUCUCAACAACAACCCACGUUCGGUCAACCUAAUACUUUAUUUGGUGGUACAACUACUGCUUCGAUAUUUGGUCAACCGACAUCAUCUUCUUCUAUUUUUGGUCAACCUACAACCUCUACUACUUCUAUUUUUGAACAACCGACAACGUCAACUUCUUCCGUUUUUGGGCAACCGACAACGUCAACAUCUUCUGUUUUUGGGCAACCAACAACGUCAACUUCUUCUGUUUUUGGGCAACCAACAACGUCAACUUCUUCUGUUUUUGGGCAACCAACAACGUCAACUUCUUCUGUUUUUGGGCAACCAACAACAUCAACUUCUUCUGUUUUUGGGCAACCAACAACGUCAACUACUUCUGUUUUUGGUCAACCUAUAACCUCAACGUCUUCAGUUUUUGGUCAAGCAGUAACAUCAACACCAUCAGUUUUUGGCCAAGCGGUAACAUCAACACCAUCAGUUUUUGGUCAAAGCUCAUUUGGUAGUAAUUCUAUAUUUAAGUCUUCGACAAAUAGUGUUUUUGGUGGAUCUUCUCCAUUUGGAUCAACUCCCACUACUUCAUCUGCAUUUGGAUCAUCGUCUCCGUUUGGAGCUUCUAACGUUUUUGGUGGAAACACAACAAAUAAUGUCUUUGGUAAAUCAAAUUUUGGUACGUCGGAUAAUUUAAAUUUUGGAAAUCUGAGUACGGGUGCGAACCCAACUCCGGCAACAUCGUCAUCUGUGUUUGGUGGCUCAUCUUUUAAUACGUUUCGAACAGCCGAUAAGGAGCAAUUUGGAGGAACAUCUACCAACGUAUUUGAACCUCCAACGACAUCAACUACACCCGUUUUUGGAGGUUCUCUUUUUAAUAAAUCCACACCAGCAUUUGGAGCGCCAGCCACAUUCGGUGCCGCCCCCACUUUCUCUCAACCUUCAGCGUUUGGAUCUUCGUUUAGCAAUACUUUUGGUAAUGCAAAUCAAUCGGCGGGGCCAUUUUCUGGGGGGGCAAGCACUCAAACCGUUAGUCAAAGCGGGUUUGGGUCUCCCACAACUUUCCAAAAACCAGCUUUCGGUUCUCCAUCCGCAUUCGGAGCGCAACCCACAGGAUUCGGAUCACCUGCAUCUUUCGGAGGAGCUGCUUUUGGAAAUGCACCUGCAUUCGGAAGUCCUAAUCGAGUUUUUGGUAGCAACGAAGGUUUCGGAGCUGCACCACAACAACAAAGUUCUACUUUUGCAAAUUUAGCUAAUCAACAAACUAUAGGAUUUGGAAGUGUUGCGCAACAAGCUGCUCCUGUAGAAAAUAUGCAACAGCCUUCAUUUACUGGGGGAUCAUCAUUUACAAGUUGGCGUUGAUGUUAAGAUUUAAAUUGCGAUUUGUUGCAAAUGGAAGAAAUAGUUUAGUAUAAAUAAUUGUUCUGCUCUUCUAUUUGCUUUUAAAAGAAUAAAAACAAUUUUUGUAUGUUAAA